AUGACAUCUCCUAGCACCGUACCUAAGAUCACUUUGCAUUGGCUCGAGGUUUCCAGAUCGCAUCGUAUCUUGUGGCUUCUUGAAGAACUGCAGAUCCCUUAUGAGCUCAAGACAUACAAGCGGGGCAAAGACAAGCUUGCACCGCCCGAGCUCAAGAAGGUACAUCCGCUAGGAAAGUCGCCCGUCAUCACCAUCGAGACUUCGAAUUCAAAUGAGCCACUAGUGCUGGCGGAAUCUGCUGCUAUCGUCGAAUACUUAUGUGACUAUUAUGGCAAGCACUUGGUGCCGAAACGGUACAAAGACGGCGAGGAUGGUCGUGUCGGAGGUGAAACUGAGUCAUGGCUGCGUUAUCGCUUCUUCAUGCAUUAUGCGGAGGGAUCGAUCAUGCCUUACAUGGUAUUCUCGCUAAUUCCAGGAAUCAGGAAUGCGCCUGUCCCUUUCUUCAUUCGACCAGUCACCAACAGUGUGGCCAACAGAGUGAGCUCUCUCUUCCUCGAGCCGAACUUCAAAACGCACUAUGCAUUUCUCGAGGAACAGCUGAAGUCCUCGCCCGACAGUGGCGAGUAUCUGUGUGGAAAGCACAUCACUGCAGCUGACAUCCUCAUGUCCUUUCCAUUGGAGGCUGGACAGAGUCGUUCCGGCAUGUCGCGAGAACAGUGUCCGUUGAUGUGGGCUUAUGUCGACCGGUUGCACGAACGAGAGGCGUACAAGCGGUCCAUCAAGAAGAUUGAAGACAUCGAAGGUAGCUUUAAGAGUAAUCUGUGA